CAUGGCUCUCUCUUCUUUCUUUCAUCCCUUUAGAUCAAUCAUGACGUUUUGGUCCACAUGCCCUGACGAAGACUCUGCUACCAAAAUCUUUAUUUCCAGCUAAAUAUACCUGGCUCUAACAGCUGCCAUGGAAACGUGCUGUACAGAGGAGGCCAUUGGAACCAGCUCUCCAUCUGUAAUCUGCAGGCAAGUGGAGGGAGGAGACCGGAAGCAGGAGGAGAGCAGAGCAGGUGACCGGCUGCCUGAAUGGAGCGAUGUUUCUGUCGUGGCUGUGGAGCAGGCACCCCCUGGCAAGCUGAAGAAAACUGCCUUCAAGCUCUUUGGGGGGAAGAGGAGCAUAUGCACCCUGCCAAGCUUCUUUGGAGGAAAAAAUAAAGGCCAAGGGAAGGGAGCCUCCAAAAAGGGUCUCAGUAAAAGUAAGACGCACGAUGGGAUCAGUGACGUUGCAUAUGAGGAUGGGACAGGGAGGUUGCGGUUGGAGAGCCCCUUGAAUGGAGGGAUGGACUCGCAUCCUCGCCCACUGCCAAGCUCUCAGAGUACUCUCUUGGCAACAGACACCAGCGUCAAAUUUGAGUUUCGCAGGCAGGAGUGCUCUCCCCUGGGGAGUGCCGAGGGCUUUGAGAAAAAGCCCAAUGGAGACAAAUCGUUGUCCUUCCCUAGACCCAAGAAAGGGCUGAAGGGGCUUUUCAACAGCAUCCGGCGCCACAGAAAGAACAAAACUGCUGAAUCUGAGAAAGUGGAGUGGGCUGCUGAUUGUGGGGAUGGAGAGCAAGCCAAGAAAACUCAAGGGGCAUGGGUUGAAACCCAGCGAGCCUCUGAGGAGGAGAGUCCAAGAGGCACCCCUCUCCCCGGACCACGCACAGGGAGCUUGGAUGGUAACUGCUCACUGAGCACAACAACCAGCCUUGGAGAAAACACUGACUGGCUCAUGGCUGCUCAAAGUAGCUCGGAAGGAGAUGCAGCAAUGGUGCCUGUGGGCAAAGACGAUAUUCUGGAUGUGAAAUUAGACGCAGAGACUAUUGUCUGUGCCAGCUCACCCUAUGGUGGCCUCCCAAAUGCACACCAUCCUGACUACCCAGACAACGACCCCCCUUCAGUACACUCCGGAGACCAGCUCAGCUUGAUCUUUGGAGAUGUUACUUCCCUUAAAAGUUUUGAUUCCCUCACUGGGUGUGGAGACAUAAUUGCUGAGCCAGAUAUCGACAGUAUUGCUGAGAGCACGAUCUCCAUGGAGCGCAGUAGAGACGCUGCCAAGAGAAGCUCAUGCCUUGUCACUUACCAGGGAGGAGGGGAGGAGAUGGCCACGCCAGAGGAGGUAGAGGAGUACCUCCAGCAGCUGUGGGAGGGCACCACCGAGGUGGACAGCCGCUACAAAACCAAACUGCCUCAACCCAUAAACAGUCCCAAGCUGCAGGGAGUGAAUAGCAAGCUGGAGACUUGUGGCUUACAUGAGGAGGCGGCCCAUCUGUACACUGGAGGUGUGAUGGAUGAUGUAGAGCUCUUAACACCGCCCAGUGACCAGCAAGAAUCUGCCCCCAAUAGUGAUGAGGGUUAUUAUGACUCUACCACACCAGGGCCAGAGGAUGAACUCGGAGAAAUCAAGAAGGACCGUCUCCCAAGAGACAGUUACAGCGGUGAUGCACUUUAUGAGUUUUAUGAGCCCGAUGACACCCUGAUGAGCCCCUCUCUCGGGGACGAAUCCUUAUUUGAGAGCAAAGCAUCUCAUCCAGAGAUCUUCAGCCGCUUCUUAGACUUUGCUGUCCCUGCCGAGAAGAACCUUAUUCAGAUGAUGGGGCAGAGCAGCGGAGUGAUGGAGACUGAGGAACAGAGGCUGGCUGCUAUUCAGAAACAGCUGCUGUAUUGGGAGCUUCAGAGGGAACCAGUUGCAAAACGUCUGGAUGUCCCCAGUAAAGAGAAAUGUCCCAGAGACAAGCAAUACGUUGAAUGUAAUACUAGAGCAGCCAAAUUAAUUGGCAAAAAUCAGAGUUGCCUUGGUAGCGAGCAAGUUGCUUCUCCAGUUUUGAGCAAAAGUGUAGAUGCUGGGAUUUCAGUGUCAAGACUGGAAAAUCCUGAGUGGAGGGACUUUCAAGGGACACUGUGUCCAGAAAAGUAUUACAAUGACCAAAAAGCCCAAGGAAAUUGCCUUAUUCAGCUCAUGAAAAACAACUCUGUGUUUGAUUCUGAUUUGGAUCAUGCAGUAUUUGGGGGACUAAGUAGCUUAGUCCCAGCCAAAACUGUGACCGUGACCUAUCCCAGCUACAGAACGCAUGACCCUGAUAGCUGUUUUCAAAAUGAACACCACAAUGGAGUGGAAAACGGCCUCAGGGAACCCCAGACAGAAAGUGAAUGUGAACCUGAGCAUGCUGUUAACUUCACUCAGGCACUGGUUGAGUUCACUAGCAGCGGCACUCUCUUCUCUAGCCUCUCUGAAAGCCUUGGUAGCUCUGAUUCAGGUUCUUCCUUCACUCAGAACCUUUCUGUCCUUCCAACCAUGGUCACUUUUGACAUAGUGGAUGUGGAGCAGGAAGGCGAGGGAGAAUGUGAGCAGCAUCUGGAGAUGAAUGCCGACGAGGACAUUGCUGCAUCCUUUGAGGCCUUUGAUGACAGCUAUGUGCAAAAGGAGUCCUUCGCCGAAUGUGAUGAACGAAUAUUCCUGGGGUAUCCCCAAGACUCUUUCCAGAGCUGUAACUGGGGUGUUGGCAGCCUUCCCCAUCAUUUGCACCUGCACGGCUUGAGCCCCUCCAUGCCAGCACCACUCUCUGUCAACAGAAGGAGCAGGUCGCUUGACACGGAGAGCUUGGAGUUGGAGCUUGCAGAUAUGCCUCUCUCCAAGAAUGGCCUUAAGCCUUGUCAGCUCUGGUCUAAAUGGGACAGUGGCAAAAAGGACUCUGUCCCCAGGCUGAGCAGAAGCAAGGAUGGCAUUCAGCUGUCUUCGUCCGAAGGAGGAGAACCUGAUGGGGUCCUUACCUGGCCAGUGUUGCAGCAUGUAGAGUACAAAGCCGAGCUUUCCUCAGGGGGAGAGAAACCAUGGAGCUAUACUCCGACUGCAAGGGCUACCGUUGUCGAAGGCAACUGGGAUACAUUUGAGCAAUCAGAAGUGAAUUCUCCUUAUGUGUCCCUUGGAUGGAACAAUGCCAGGGAGACUCCGGACAGGUUGCCCCAGGAUACUGGGGCCAGUAAUCUAAUGCUUCAGAUGCCUAGACACAUGGUCAGACCAUCCAAUUUACCUCUGCAGACUGAUACAAGACAGGCCCAAGAGGUGUCUAGCUCCUACAGGAAUCCUAGAGAAAAUAUGGCCAAAAAGCUGGCUCGCGUGCUACCUUUGGGAGAAAAAGGGGCUGACUUACCUCAGAGCUUCGCUUUCACACAGUCCCCUAAAAAAAGAGCAAAGUGCAAACUUGUUGACAUCACACAAGGAACGCUCCAGUUUCACGAUGGCGCUGAGACCUUAAAACCCUCUGCUUGCUUUGCUGAGCAUUAUGGAAGCUCCAGUACAGACCUCCUGAAAGGGGAACCCGUACAUGGGAACAUGCUGCCCGUUAGUUGUCAAAGCACUACAGUGAAUGUAAUGUUCUGACGAAGAAAAAGCAAUUGCUGCUGCCACCAUCUGUGCAAUGAAGAAACUCUCUCUCUUCUCUGCUACACAUUGAGGGCUAAUUCUGAAGAUCAGAAGCUGGCCCCCAUCCUGCCAUCCACACGUUCCAUGGACGCUAACUACUUAGAUCUUUUGACACAGGAAUGUCACAUUUGUCACAUGCUGUUUUUAGCUUUGUUUUUAAUUCCAGUCUGUGGACUGUCUCUGUCUCCUCUCUGAAAGUAUCACUGACUGUCUUUUAAAGCUAGAAAACCAUGGUGAGGUUUUUGUGUGUGUUUAAUGUUUUUGACUGUAUCCAGCAGGGUCCAUUUUUGAUACCUAAAUAAGCUCUGGAAGGGAAUUCUGCCCUUUUAAGGACUUGCCCAUCUGGAAGGGGAGAUGUUGGGGCUUUGGCCAGUGAAGCUGUCAGGAAAACCAAGGCAAAGCUCCUGUUCUGUGCCUGACAAGAGUGUGGGCUUGGCUGGGGCAGUCCCGGGUUUUGAACAUACAUGCUGAAGAGCUGGUGUCCUGGCUCUUAACCAAGUCAGUAGUAGCAGUGCUGCUUGUGCUCUGCAGCCUUCUCCCCUCCAGCAGAGAGUGGCGGUGUCAAACAGUUAGGUUUCCUCAAAGGGGAAGAGGCUGUCACUGUUGGGGCAGGCAGUGAAGAAGGCAACUGCAUCCCCCUGGCUCUGUUCCUCCUGCUGGGCUGAGCAAUGGGUGCUGCCCCCCACUAAUUCCAACCCAUCAGCAGGAGUGACAUCCCCUACUUCCCUACAGUGCAGGGAGCUUUACCUGUUCCCAGCAUGCUACAGAGCAGCUCCUCCACUGAGACUCCUGCCAAAAUGGGACUAGUCAGCUGCCUCACCCUAGCUCCUGCCUUUUCCUAACUCUCCUGCCUCCUCAGCCCCACCAGCAGGUUUGUUCCUCAGCCGUCACCAGAACCCUGGCUGCUGCUCAGCAUUGUCCAGGGAAAUCUGGCAACUAUGACACUAAUUUUAAGGGCCCUGUUGUUCCCCUAGUGGCUGAUCAUGGUUUAAAGGAACAUCGCAAGUAAGCAAAGGGCCUGAAAUUUCAUUGUGAACGUGCUUGGGGAUUUUUUUUUUUUUUAAACCUUCAAUUCAAAGUUUGAUUUCCUCUUGAUUUUAAGUAGGUUCCAACCUCUCCUGCCCAUUCCCCCUCACCUUGCAGGAUUUGCAACCCAAGCACAGUGGCAUGGAGUAUGAGGCCCAGAAAGUGAAAUGGGCUAGGUGCAGGGAGUGAAUUGACAAAUUUAUGUUCACUGCUGAGCAAAAAGCAAAUGAAAUGGUGGAAAGCUAAAUUAUUAAAGCUGAAUGUAGAGUUUUGUUUUAAAUUUGAAAGUGAUGGCAAUGCAGGUGGAGUUACUUCACUGUGCAUGGGGUUUGUGUGUCUAAUUAAAUGACUCUUAACCUGACAGUGUUCCUAUUCAUUAUUGUGUGCGUGGUUUUUGUUUUGUUUCUUUUAUGGGUUUUUGCUUCUGUUACUGAAAUGCAAAUUGGGUGGAGGACUGUGCUGCUUACAUUCCUUGGGCAUUUUGACCCACACUUCCUUUUAACAUUCCCUUCUCUCCACCCCCCCCCACCCCCUUUAAUUCUGAAGGUAUUCAGUCUUAUGCAGUUAUUUGUAGUGUCUGCUGAACUGUAUUUAGGCUGUGCAGCUCACUUUUUCCUGCAGAUCUGUAUUAUUCUAGAAGUUAGAAAGGGAAAAGACCUGUUCAGUUAUCCACCCCAUCUCCCUGCCACUAUUGGAUAGUUCAUGGCAACGCAUUUUCUCUGCAGUCCUUACCCUUAGACAUUCCAUUGAGAUGGAAAACUGCUUGUUCCUCCUCCACGACUCCUAUUUUGUCACCUCUAUUGGCAAACGAAAACAAAUGAAUGAGAUUAUGCUUGGGCAAAAAGGACAAUUGAGGGAUAGAGGGAAGGCACAUGUCCCUUGUAAAGCAACUAACCUUUUCCCAAACUUCCAUCAGUUCUGCUUAAGGCAUGAUAGGAUCUCCCCUUCGUGAUGUGGCAGAAGUAAGUCACCUGUUUCUACAAAUAACUUUAGUACAUUGCAGACUGGAAACCUUAUGUGUUCUGCACAGCUUGAGCCAAGGGAAGACAGCCAGGUUCUCUCCUGCCCCUUUCUUGAUAGCCAACUGUUUCAUGUUUUCUUUUUUUGUCCUUGACAUGACUAGUUGUUAAACUUUUUUAAUGUAUUUACUGUGUUUUAAAAUGAAUGUUUCUUUCAUUGAAUUCUAAUGAAUAAACUUCAGGGUUUUAGAGAA